AUGCUGGAGGCGCCGGGCGGCGGGGAGAAGAAGGGGGAGGGGCAGUCGAUUUCCAAGUACCUGAGGAGCCUCUACGGAAAUGGCGUGGCGAACAAGAAGGAAGUGAUGAAGCACCUGCGGAGGCGGCUGUACGACGACCCCAAAGUGGAAGACAUAUACAGGAAGCUGAAGGAGAUACAUGGGAACAGCGGCAUCUGCACGGAGCAAUGGAAGGAGGGGAGCUUCGCAUUUAAGUGUUAUAACUGUGAGGGGGACCCCACCUGUGCCGUUUGCGCAAAGUGCUUUUUCGGCUCAAACCAUAAGAACCACGUGUAUAGGCUAACGCACACAAGCGGAGGGUGCUGUGACUGUGGAGACACGUCCUGGAGCAUAAAAGGAGCUUGUUUCGAUCACCGCGGAAUGGCAGAGCAGUGUCUAGUAGACAGGUGCAUACUAAAGGAGGAGAUAAAGAAGAGGGUAAAGGAGGACCUAGAAACGUUAGUGGGUUCUUUAUUUAAAGAAAUAAUAUUGAAGGAUGGGUACUUCCUCUCUCUAGCGAAUGCACAGUAUAUAGAAUAUGCAUUGGAAUUUUUUAAAGAUUUAGGAAUCACAAGUUACCUCUUCAGACAAAUCAUUUGCAACGUGUUGACAGGAGCGAAGGUAGAUUACCUCAUCAAUUUGCAUUAUUCUUUUUACACAGCGGUGCAGAAAAAUUUGUACUCUCUUUAUCUCUCCCUCUUUGUUCACCCACAUUUCAAGCAACGGUUUGCUUUCAAAUUGGCAAAAUAUUACAGUCUAGUGGUGCGCGUAUUAGAUAAUAAAUCCUAUAAUGAUAGUCAUUUCUUAAAUGGGCUGACUGUGCAGGUGCUAACCGUUCCGGAGAUCGCCUACACCCUAGUGGUUAAUAACUUUCUAAACGAUUUAAUAAAACUGAUUGAAGAUUUCUGUGUGUAUAGCCCGACUACCAAGUGCGUUAUGUUUAAGAAUUUGCUCCGAUCCGACAUUGAGGUCAUUAUUCGCAUCUGCGUAGAUAUGAAGUACCUCCUCUACCACAAUGAUGUGAUUAAGACCAUUCUUUUUAAUAAGUACAUUAUUAGGAAGAUCCUUCGUUUGCUCUCCCUGCUUCAUCGCAUGAACUCCCAAAUGAGGUACACCAAGGCGCAUAUUAUUUAUGAGGACAUGUCUAGCUCCUAUGCCAUAACCAUAGAGAAUUACCUCCUUAGGGUUUUCGAGCCGCUGGCCAAUUUUUGCAAAAGGGAGGCCAAUGCCAAUUUUAGGAACCUCUUUUUGCUGUACCAGCUCACCAUAGAGAGCAUUUGCGCCCUGAACCUGUUCCCCUUCUCGGGGGACUCCGCCGCCGACCCGGCCGCCCCUCGCCCCAAGCGCAGAGCCCGGCGCGACCGCCCCUACUUCCGGGUGAAGAAGUGCGUCCUGUCGGCCGCCCAGCGUGAGGAAGCGGGGGAAGCGGCAAUCGCGGUUGGCGCGGCGAACACGGUUGACGCGGUUGACGCGGAUGCAACUGCCGGCAUCACUGCCAAUGUGGGCGGCUCGACUGCCGGUAGCACCACCAACGCGCGCGCGAAGCAGGACGCCCCGCGCAGGCGGCGCAAGCACCUGCGCUCGCUGCACUCGCCACUCGUCCGCUUCUUCAUCAUGAUCCUCAAUUUCGACGUGGUGAAGAAGUGCAUCGACGACGUCUACUGGUACAAGCACAUCUACGCGAGGAGGCCGCCGGGUAAAGGGGCCAAGUCGGCCGCCCCCCAGCGCACCCCGCCGAAAAGUGAAGCCGAGCGCACCCUCAUCGUGCGGGCCUUCCUGAGGGACUUCUAUUCCGUGGAGCGGACCCCCCCAGAAGUGACCGCCAAAAGGAGAGACAUCCAAAAGAGGUACGAAGACGACGGGAACAAAAUAAAAAUGAGGCUCUUUCACAGGAAGCCAUUCCUAAAUGACCUGCAGGAGGUGAAAAAUGAAGAAGCGAAGGCCUACCUCUCAGAGCUGAAGGAGCUCGAGGACAAGCACUUCAAGUGGGUCAUCCAAACCAUCGAUUCGAAGGAGAAGGAAGAGGACAACCAGAUAGUCUACCGAAAGAGCAUUCUAGAAAAGAAGGCCAAAGGGAAGUGCAAAAAUGACCUCAUCGAAAAAAAAAUAAAAAAAAAAGAAAUACAAUUUAAUGAGUUUCUAGAAAUCGACUUUAGGGAAAGCAGGCGGGACAUCUACCUAAACCCACUGUAUGUGGACCUCUACAUGAGGGACGUGUUCGAUUUUUUGAAUCUCUUCAACUUGAAGCUGUUGAAAUACGUCCUCUUUGUAAACGUCCACGUGCUAACCUUCGUUUAUGAAAUAAAAUAUGGGUACUGGGUUCGAAACGGACCCCAGAUGACCUUCCAGGUGAACGAGUAUGAGAGCUCCUUCUUCUUCCAGAGCGACUUGAUAGGCAUCCAGUUCGCCAUGAUCAUGAUGAAUCUGCUACCCCUCUAUGAAAACCAGACGGUUGAAGUGGACGGGGGUAUCCUGCACUUGAAGAGGAAGCUCUUUUCCGAGCACAUUGGGUUUAGCGGCCCUUCCAAGGAUAGAACCGCUGCCGGAGAGGUGCUGCAGGGGAUCACCCCUUCCAAGGAUAGAAGCGUUUCCGGAGACGCGCUGCAUGGGCUCACCUCGGGCACGGAUAGCAGCUCCAGGGGGGAAGCGAAAGGGGAGGGCUCCCCCGCUGGAGAGCCGCUAAUAUGCGGCCAGGUAGAGGGAGUAAGCGGCGAGGGGGUAAGCGGUGAGGAGCAAAGCUUGAUAUAUAGGAAGGGGCGGCACUAUGGAACCCCCCCCGGAGAGCGCACCUACCGGAGGGAGAGCGACCUGACCAAGGUGGUUUGCAACAAGCAGAGAAUCGACUACAGCGCGGUCUACACCUUCCUGGGCAGCUACGCGCGGGGGCGCGCCAGGGAGGAGUCCCCCCCAGUGAGGAAGGCGGCCGAGGGGAUAAGCCCCUCUGUAAAUCAGCGCAUCAAACAGGAGUGGAACGACUAUGUGAAGCUCUUCCUCCAGGAAAGAAUCACCAACCCGUUUGUAAUCCUGUAUCAACUCAUAUUCAAAAGUUUCCGCUACAACUUGAAGGUGAAAAACGAGCAGGACAUCUACAUGGAGAUGCAAAUUCAUCACCUGAAGGUGGUCCACAGCAUUUUUGAAGACGUAUACAGAGGAAGACUCAGCAUAGACUCAAGAAAAAUAAAUCACGUGUUUCAUUUCCAAUUUUUCUAUGACAUUCUAGUGAGGCUAUUCAACGAAUUAUACUACUUCGAAUUCGGAAAUAUCCCCAGGAAGACCUCCCACCAGAAAUACCAAAGGAGGGGGAAAUACUACUUAAAGAAAAUCCUCAUUCAACUUUUGGCCUCCAAGGAUUUCCAGUUUUUCCAGCUGGAGGAUGAGCUCCCCAAACAGUUUAAACACCACCCCAGCUUCUACGAGCUCACGAACAAAUAUGGGUACACCACUCACAUGCCGAGGAGCAACGUUAACCUCAUCAAACUGAAUAAGAACGCGUGGUUUCUUUAUGAUGCCUUUUGGCCCAUUGCCAAUUAUAAAGACUUCCAAUCGGCUAACGAGAAGUGCAUCAAAGAGGAGACGGCCUCCUACAUCGGCUGCUCCAGAGAGGAAGACCGCGAAUACAUGAACUUCUCCUUUGUGAAGGUGCAGAACUUGCUCUUCUACGCCAUCAAGCGCAGUUGCCUCGUCCCCAUGCUCCUCGCCGUCUUCCUGGUCAACGAGGAGUUCCAGCGCAGGGUGGAGGCAGGCGCAGCCGCUAGUGGGGGUGGCGGUCCCCAUGGCGGCGUGGAGGGGGCAGCCCCGGCCGCCUCCCCGCAGCAUAGCCAAACGGUAAACGAGGGAGCGGCGAACGAGGCGAAUGAGGCAAAUGAGGCGAACGAGGCGAAUGAGGCAAAUGUGGAUAACGCCGCUAAUUCCGCGAACGGGGAGUUCCCCUCCCAGGCCUUCGUGCUGAACGACGUCGAUCUGUACAACCUGCUCAGCCAGGGGGGAGGCAACGCGGAGGAGGAGGAAGAAGUGGGAAAUGAAGUGGAGAACGAAGUGGGAAACGAAGCGGGGGACGAAGUGGGAAACGAAGCGGGAAACGAACCGCAAAACGAACCGCAAAACGAACCGCAAAACGAACCGCAAAACGAACCGCAAAACGAACCGCAAAACGAACCGCAAAACGAACCGCAAAACGAACCGCAAAACGAACCGCAAAACGAACCGCAAAACGAACCUGUCAACGCCGGGGGCCCCGCCGCAACCCGCCGAAACAACAACACCUACAUAAUCGUAGACGAUAACGGGGAGAACGAAACCCUCUUUGCGGAAAUUUUGAUCAGUCGGAAUCUACACAAUUCGAUUAACAUGGAAAUCGUAAACGUGACUGAUAGCCACGUAGGAGAGGGAGAGACCAACCGGAGCUACAGACAGCUGAAUGCAGAGGGACUCUCCGAAAUUAUAAGUGACAUUAUAAGUGAAAAUACCAUCAUCAACGACGUCAUUGUAGAAUCUAUCUUAGAAAACAGAUCCGGUCUGAGGUACCUCAACCAGGUGAGGGACCGAGGAGGCAGAAAUGUCGACGAUAGCAUCUCCGUGGAGGAUUACGCAUCGAGUGAAGACCUAAACUUGGCUCCCAUCGAAUCGGUGGACCCCUCACGGGUUAACUUAUCCAAUAGGAGAGGAGGCGGAGCAGCAGGAGCAGGAGGAGCAGCAGGAGGAGCAGGAGGAGCAGCAGCAGCAGGAGGCGGUGCUGUUGACGGGCUGCCCGCUGCUCCUUCGUCCUUUCCGGCGACCCCAUCCAACAGCAACUUGAACAGCAGCAUAGACAUCCUAAUCAAACUCAUCAAACUCAUCAGCAUCAUCAUGGAUGCCGCCCACCCCUUCAAGUACCUCAACGGGUUUUACUUCUCGAACUGCGCGGCGUUUGGCGGGGAUGGGGGCGCACAAGAGGGGGGCGACUCGGAGGGGAGCAGCUCUGUGGGGGAAAGCGACUCUGUGAAGGAAAGCAACCUUUUGGAAGAGAGCCAUACCCCUCAGGGGGAACCCCCCGCGAGGAACCCCCAUCCGUUGGAGGGGACCCACAAGGGAGCCAACCCAGGCGAGGAGAACUCCACUCUGGUGGACCCCACAGCGGAGGAGGAAGAAAGAGGCUCGCCACCUCUCGAAGGGGCAAAGCCGCAUAGUGAGAAAAGCCCCAUAUUUGAUGAAAUCAAUGUGCUGAAGAGGGAGCGAAGAGGAAAGCGCCGCACCGAUGAAGGCACAUCGGUGGGUGAGGUAGGAGGAGGUGCCCCUCCCCUAGGAACCAAACCUAAGACAAAUCAAACGGAGCGGAAGAAGGAAGCGUACGCCCUGAACAUAACCGCCGUGCACAACCUGAUGAGGAGCAUGAGCAAUAUUAACUCGAACGAGGACAAGUGCUUCCAGAAGGUAAGGAACACCAUUCUUGCGAGGAUGAAGGAGCUCCUCUCCGAGAGCUACGACUGCAAAAACGUGAGCAGCAGCAACCAGUUUAUUGAAGUUGCCAAGAAGAGGCAGCAGGACCUCCUCCAAAUGAUGAAGGACCAGCAGCUCAAGUUCAGUCAGUUCCUGGAGGAUGAGCUGGACUCCGACGAGGAGGUCCUCGGUGAGGCGGCGGGUGGAGCGGCAGGAGAGGUGGUAGGAGAGGGGGCAGACCCCGCCGCUCCUGCCGCCCCUGCCGCUUCAUCCGCCCCCCCCCAGGAGGGGAAAUGCGCGAGGAGAGACAAACAGGAAGAGGCGGAAGACGUUGCCCAGUGCGAAAACGAAAGGUCCAAGGAAAAAAACUGCAUCUGUGUGCUCUGUAAGGAGGGGAUGACCAGGAACAACCUGCUGGCCUACAUCUGCUUUGCCUCCCAUUCGAACCUCCUGAAGAAGAUUAUAAAAAAAAACAAAAUCGCCUUCCCGUGUAAACACCCAGCCAUAUACACCUGUGGCCACUUCAUCCAUAUGACGUGUCUGCACAACACAAAGAUUUUAAUGUGCAGGAGUUCCCAAUCGCAGGCGUCCAACCCGACCAAAUAUGAGUUUACGUGCCCCCUCUGUCGGUCCAUCGCCAACUGCUUCGUCGUUUACAUCCCCAAGCGGUAUGUGUCCCAGGGGGAGAGCUACAGGGUGUACGACUGCAGCGAGCGGGAGCUGCUUCUGGACCACUCGAACAGGAAUCUGGCUGACUUGCUCAGGAGGAGGAGCGGGGCGGAUGAUCACCUUGGUGAAGCGGUGGGUGAAGCGGUUGGUGAAACGGUUGGUGAAGCGGUGGGUGAGCAGCUGCCUGACGAGCUGGAUGACAAACCGGGUAACUUGCUGCCUGGCGAGCUGGGGGACGAAGCCCGAGUGGAAACCCCAAACCGAGCGGACACCACCCACCCAGCUCUGCUCAGCAGCACGGACGAGCACGAAGUGGAUGACGAUUCUGAGGCCGCGUCCGAUCGAUCCUUCACCUCCUCCACGUCGUCCAAUGGAGCCCUCGACAGCGACAUCCCAGAAGAAUUCCAUUUUAAGUACCUACGUAAGGGAAAGAAGAAUGGCCCAAAGGAUAGAGUGAAGUUCUUCCCGGAGGGGAAGAAAGAGUUCGUUCCGAACAGCUCCAGUCACAGCGUCUCGUAUAACCUAUACGAUGAGCAUAAAGUGGGCGACCUGUUUAACGUGCGUUUUAAAAGGUUGGUGAGUAGACGGGUUCUAAAUGGGUUCUUGUCUUACGAGGCCUACGAGCUGAACAAGAAAAUGAUUUUGAGGGAGAUCUACCUCAACGAGGGUGGCAUGUACGACGAGCUGUACCACAAGGGGGAGGGUUCGCAGCGCUCCUCCUCGGGGGGGAGCCGCCCAAGUGAGGAGGUCACUCCAGUGGGGGAAGUCGCCCCAGAGGGAGAGGCCCCCCCACAGGGGAGGGGAAGCACCGAGCUGUACCUGCAUAAAAACACGCUCAACUAUGGGAACAAAGACUUCACCUUCGCCUACAAGAACUCCAAUUACUUCUUCAAUUACCGAAAUGGGUUCCUAGCGUACUACGUGAGUGUACCCCUGAAAUACAUAAGGCAGGUGGAGUUCUGCAUGGUGAGGGACAACCACUUGGCUCAGUCCUCUCCAGCAGAGAGCAAGCAAUUUUACUUCACCGCACAGAUUGAGAAGGCGAUGGAGGGGAAGAAGACACUGGAUGAUGGAAAUAGUGAAGAGGCAGAUGUUAAGGAGGAAUCCAGCACGAAGGAAAACGUGGAGGUUAUUCUAAAUUACCACCUAGAUAGGACUCUCCUAGAUUUUAUAAAAAAUAAUUUGAAAAACGAAGGCUCCAACAUUGAUGAGGCCAUUCAGAAGUACGAACUUCCGCCCAGCAAUUUUAGCUGCUCAUCGAAUGGUCAGUUGAACCCCCCGGAGGAGGACAUGCCGAGUGAUGGCAGCGAUCACCAUGAUCAUCAGAUGGAGAAGAGGCCAAAAAUUGACUCGGAGCCGGCUACAAAUUGGGAUGGCAAGUCGGUGCAGGGUGCAUUACCGGAGUAUGUACCUUAUGUCGGUGCACGAAGUGGUAAAAUUGGCGACAAUGGGGGGCAGCCCACCGGGGAGAUUCCCUCCCCUGACGCGAAUGUUUCUCCCAAUGUGGAUGAGGACCCCCCCAGGAAUGUUGACCAUCCGCUUAGUAAGGCAGCGGAACCUUUGCCAGAAUCAACGGGGGAUGGAACCGGCGCCGCGCCUGCGAAGGAGAGGACGAAGGAGAAGUGUCUGAAGAGGAGAAGCGGAAGUGGAAGUGGGAGCGGCAAUGGGAGUGGAAGCGGUAAUGGAAGCGGAAGCGGUAAUGGAAGCGGAAGCGGUAAUGGAAGCGGAAGCGGUAAUGGAAGUGGCAGUGGCAACCCUGUCAGAAGCAGAAGCAGACGCAAACGUGGUGGCGACGCUGAAGAGGGGGAAAGGCGCAACCGCCCGCUCAGCCCCCCCCAAUUUCAGUACAGAUGUACCGCCAAGCAUUUUAAGCGGCACAACACCUAUAGGAGGCACCUAAACGUUGGAAGGAGCUGGGAUGGAGUCCUAAGCACGAACAAGAGGUUCUACGCCCUGCACAAAGACACCCUACAUGAGCAGAAGCUAGAGCCCCGGUUUGACCUGAAAGCGCUGAGGAUGUCAAUCAUCCAGUUGGGACUCAUCACGGAAACGUCCUGGAGGAUCUUCCACCACAACAACGCAACGUUUUCCACGCUACAGAAUCAUUCUAGGCAUUAUAAGAACCUAAUUGAUUUUGAGUAUAACCACAAGAAUCAGGACCACUAUGAAGACGUAGACAUUGAAGAAGUGGGGGUGAAGGACGUCAUGAGCCUGUACGAGACGGUGGAGCUUUACCCUGACUUCCUGCAAGAGUGGAAAUGCGUCGAGUUUGUCAACAGGGAGGAGAUUCGCCGGCUCAGGAGGGAGGAUUUGUUUUUCGUCAACCGGGGGUACUACGCGCGGUGCAAGCGGGAACGCCGCAGGGAAGGCGGCGCGAUCGAUUUGGGAGGGGCAUCAGUCGGAGUGGGGGCGUCAGUCGGGGCGGGGGCGUCGGCGGGCAUCUCGUCAAAUGUACUAGCCAGCGCGCUGCUAAACGGGGUGUCGAACGUAGUGGGGAGCGUCUCCCCCGGUGGGGUGCAGACCUGCGUGGGCCCAACGCAAGGGGAGAAGAAAAAAAAAAAAAAAAAAAGAAAAUGCGACAUUAUGAAUAUCAAAUUUUGGAGAAACAUCAACACGGCGAUUGACAUGGAUAAGCUGCAUUGGAUCCUCUACAACGAAAUUUUGGUUCACCUGUUUUAUAAAAAUAUUAACUACGUCUCGUGCAGCAACCUCAUCGAAACGCUGGUGCGUAACCUCUUCCUGCACAAUCACCAGAUGAACAUCAUAAAGGAAAAAAAAAUUGCCAACCUCUUCAACCUACAGCUGUGGAAAAACCUGUACAACGUCUCAUUUGACUACGUGUAUCCCUACCGAUUUACCGAUCAUAAUUACAAACGCUUUUUCAACAAAAUAAAAAAUGCACACCUGCUGAAUAAGCUAGCCAUGGUGCCCCUCUCGGUAGACGUUUUGCGACUGUUUAUGCAGUUCUUCCUUAACCAGUUGCUCCAAACCCCCGCAGACAUUCAGCACUUUAUCUCCAUUUCGCUCAUCAUUAUUAGCUUCCAAGUUAUGAAUGAAGUGUUCAUAAGAGAAAUUUCAAAGUCCUACGUCAGGUACAUUUUUUCAUCAUUUUCACCUGAACAGGUCAGGCAAAACUUUGAAAAUAUAUCGAAAUAUAUUUGUGCCAAUUUGGAGGAAGGAACUUACCCCGUGAGGGGAGAGAGCAGCACUUGUAGGGAUAGAAGCGAGGCCAACUGGGGCCACGAAAAUCACCAUGUCAACCCUCCCCCAUCCAUCAAACGGAACGAUGAAGAGGGUGACAACACGCAAAAGUUUGAUGACGAGGGGAAGAUACAGUACCAGAUGUUUCACACGUUCAUAUUUGAUCACUUCGUUGGGAGGGGCGCUUCAAAAGCAACAGAGGAAGAAAAUCCUCCCCAGAAAGGGGACCCUCCAAAUGACCCCUCACAUGGUGAGAACAACUCCUCUAGUAGUGCCUCCACCAGGGGAAAGGAACCUCCUCGCCGGGACAGGGCCAAAUGGAUGAACCACCUAAAUGCGAUGGAGCUCUUCCAAAGUGUAAAGAAAUUGUCUUACCAUUUUAACCAAGCGGAGAUAAAACUGCUGAGAAGUUGCAUCCAGCAGAGUGACAUCCUUAUGGAUUACGAAGCAGAGAGGGAUCAUCACUUCACACAUGAAAGAAGUUGCACCCAUGGGAAGGAAGAGAAAGCCGAAAAAUCGCCUGAACAGGCAAGGCGAAAAAUAAGGCACACAUGGGGGGGAGGAAGGCAAAAAAAAGAUAACCAUUCCGGUGGGUUGGAAACAACGGAGCAGGAUGAAACGAACAGGAAAAAAAAAAAAAAACUGUUCAUUUUGCACGAAACGAUGAAGAAGCUAGUGCAACUGAACGAAUUUAAGAAGAAAACAAAAAAAAUUAUGCUCCUCUUGUGUGAAGUGAACGACGAGUAUAUGAAGCACGUCUACUGUAAUGGCUACCUACCCAUAAAUAUAUUUUUAAGCACGAAUUUUAGCAGGUACGCCAACUUUUUCAAUGACUACUACCCUUUUCUCUACAACAGAAGGGGGAACUCCCAGUGGGGGUCUUUCCACGUGCUGUAUGCGAAUAGAUUGCCCCGCGCGAGGGAGAGCAAGAAGGGGCCCCUCGUGAAGAACAAACCGGUGAUGAAGAGGGAUUAUAACUAUCUAACGAGUAGCAGCAGCGGUUGUGGAAGUGGCGGGGCGAAGGAGGCGGGCGUGGGCUCAGUGGAGAAUGCGCCGGGGAAACACAAAUGUAAGGGCCACCUAUCAUGCCAAAGCAGCUACAAAAGGGACAUCUUCGACGAACAGGAGAUGCCACCCAAAUCGGUAGGAAGCGAAACUCGCAGUGCAGUGGAUCGAAGCGCACCGCUGAGCAGCUCCAGAGAGGACCUCUCAACAACGGCCAAGCUAAAGGCGACGCGCCCCAGCGACGAUGAUGAGGAGACCCAUGUGCCAAACGAAUUGAACCUCUUUAAGUACAAACUGUAUAACAUAUCUAGCGAAGAAAUCAGCGACCUUUACCUAACGAACGACUCUCAAGAGAGCUCCUUCUUCCCCACCAUGAAGAAUCACGACUAUGAAUUUAGACACGUAAAUUUGGUGAGUCAACUUAGAUGUAAAUUUGAAGAGGUCCCCUACGUGAAUCACUUGUUUUACAUGUACCACGUCUAUCAGAACCUUUUCACUUUGAAGGUAAUUAAGAAUAUCCAUGACGUAAGGGAGAGAGAAAUUGACAUUUUCUCGGAGAAGUUCCUCCUGGCUAGAGUAGGUGACGACAUUGCAGAUGGGGUGCCACCAGAAGUGAACUUUUCAGAUGCAAGCUUCGACAGCAAUGAGUCCAUUCACUACUCCGAAAGAGAGUUCCCAAGUGAGAAGUGCCACAAGUGUGAUGAGGAAGACAGGUACGAUGAAGGUGGAGUGACUGGGGGGGGAGACGCCAUGACCUCCUCUCUUGCUGUCCUCAACGACAUCCUUGACGUUGGCGAGCUAAUCAAAGACAUGAAGAAAAGUAAAAGGCGAAGGAGGAAGAUCAAGCAGAACAAAUACGCAGAUGACCUGUUUGUUAAUUUCUUUAACAAAGCGAUGAAGAUGGGGAAGGGAGGCGCCAAAGGUCAAGAGGCCGAUGGGAAGAAGGGGCCUCCACCUCCAGGCGCGGGAAGGAAGUCGUCGGGCGGCACCUCCCACUCGUCCGCCAUUGGUGCUGCCCACUCCUCUGCCAUUGGUGCCGCUAACUCGUCCGCCAUUGGUACCGCCAACUCCCCUGCGGUAGGGACCGCCCUACAGGGGGGCAGCAAAUCUGCGUCACAACUGGGAAGUGGCCGAGAAGACGGGGGUGACAACCCUCCUGCCGACGUGUUCGUGGACCCCCACGAUAUGAAAUGGGUGGACAUCUCUCAAGGGGUGCAGCGGGGCCAAGGGGGCGUCACUCAGAACGGGGCAAGCGUGCCGAGCGACGGAAGCGAGGGCUGCGGAGGGGAUCACUCCGCCUACCGCCCCCCCGGCGAGCCGUCCGCGGGCGCCGCGCACUCGGACUCCUCCAGCAGUGCCGGCAACGCUGACCAGGCCAAUCACGCUGACCACGCCAGCGCUGCUAACACCGCUACACCCAACUGCGGGAGCUCCGACUCCUCCUUCAACAGCCAGGGCAGCCUCGACUUCCGCGCCCUGCAAGACGAAAACGACUCCAGCAGCGACCUGGACAGCACGCUCUUCAGGCGAAGGAUACACGAGAAGAACAACCCCCCGGACUCCUUCGUAGACUUCAUGACGAGGAAGAAAUACGCUAGCAUGAGGAAUAAAUUGAAGAAUUGCAAAAUGGAUUUCUACAAGUAUAAGGGGGUGAAUAAGAUCCAGAGGUACCACAUGCUGUUGAAGGCCAACGGAUUGAACAAGACCUUUUUCUAUAACGUUAGGAAGAUUUACAGCUAUGUAUAUAACCUCUACGACUUCGUGCCGCUGUACUUGGUGCAAAACGUUCUGCUGCAUUUCCUCGGGGGGCAACAGGAGGUGAGGAGGUUCUACCAUGUGGACCAUUCCUGUGGGGGGGCAGCUCCCCAGGAGGAGGGGGAAUACCAGUUUAGCAAGUUCUCCCAGUCCUUCUUCAAGACGAAGAAGUGGAGGAGGAUGUAUGCCAAGCAUAGGGACCGCAUCAAUGGUUACUUCCCGCACGCGGGGGGGGCAGACCCGGGUCAAGCGAGGGCCGACUGCCGGGGGGGAGGCAGGUCGGGCAGGAGGAGCCCCGCAGGGGGGGGGAAGUCAGCCCAUUUGGAUUCCACGCAGGGGGAAGCACCCGGCGAGGUCCCCAACGGCACGUCGUACGAAGUUAACAAGAAAAUGAAAACGCAGCACAGUGGUAGCGGCGUGGGGAGCGACCCGAGUGACCCGAGGAGUGACCCGAGGGGUGACUGUCAAAGUGGAACCCGGAGCGGCUUCCGAAGCGGCAUGCGAAGCGGCUGGCGAAAUGGCCUGCGAAACGGUGGGGGAAGCGCCUCACCGGGUGACCGCCUCCCCGGCGGCGCCCACCUGCUGAGCGUGAAGAAGCUCUUCUACAUAUUUUACCAUUACCUGAAGAGCAACCAUUUCCUGGACGGCAAGAACCCAUGCAGCAAGAUUUACAGGAGGUUCCUAAAGAACUACAUCAAAUCAGCUAACGUGUAUCUCCACUUCGUGGCCUACAUGCUGUUCGCUAUAUACGAGUGUAACUCUCUGGCGAAGAAAUACCUCGACUACAUCCACCUGCACAGCGACUUAGGGAGAUACAGCAUUUUUCUACUCAUGCUGAAUGUGCACCCUCAGUUCGACCAGAUAUACACGUACCAAACCCUGCAGCUGGUUUUCCACCCCUAUUUCUACCAGAUGUACCAGAUGUAUAAGUACCUAAAAAUAGAUGCAGAACCCGUUUUGCCUCACCAUUUUUAUGAGAGCCUAGACAGGUUCAUUUCUUCCAGUUCGCUGUUUCAACCGAGUCAGAAUUACUUCACAAUGAUUAAGAGGUACUUCAAGAGCAAGUGCGUUAACUGUAGCAAGUCCCCCAUGGUCAUCCUCAUUUGUUUGUUCUGCGGGUCUACCAUAUGUCUGCAAGAAAGCGACAAUGUGCGCGUCCCGCUCUCCGAGUCCAUUGGCAAGUGCGGCUACCACACCACCAUUUGCGGCGGCGACCAGGCCCUCUACCUGUGCCUCAACGUUUCAUCGGUCCUCUUCGCGAGCGAGCACCGCUUCGGCCUCGUCAGCGGCCCCUACGUGGACAAGAACGGAGACGUCGACCCGCGACUGAAGCGCGGCAAGAACCUCUAUCUCUCUCCCCACAAGAUGAGCCGAAUAUACGAAAUCAUUGUCAGCUCGGCAGUGGACGUCGAGAUUUACAAGCAAACGCAGAAGUCGGAUUAGGAGUCAUGAGCAGCUUCCACCCCCGCAAAUGGGCCUGUGGGAGGAGGACCCCCCCUAAGUGUUCC